UCUUUUUCGCAUCGAAAGCGUGUAUGCAUGUAGUGCUAUGAAUUCGUGCGCCUUUUGCAUGUUCUUUAUCGGUACCAAACAAAGCAGCUGUAGCCUGGACGCAGACCGUGUCAAUACGAAGGGUAGACGGCUUCGUGGAGAAAGGCAGAGGACAGAGAAUUCUGCACAGACACUAUGGAAUUCUACCAAACACCGUUGAAGUAGUGCAGCGCAGUGAAUGUAAACUGCUGCAACAAGCAUGGACCAGCAUACAAACAUGGACGUGUUACAACUGAGGACAGAGGAGGAGGAAGCGCAUUUGCAGCAGUCACAGGAUCAUGAAGUAGAGUUUUGCCAGACCCUGAGACUACAGGUAGAAGAUCUCCAGAAGAGACUUGAGGAGAAGGACAACAAACUCAAUCAGGCAAACAAGGUGAUCAGAGCACUGAGGGAUGAGGUGCAGACACUGCAGCAACAGCUGGAGCAGCACAGACGGAAGUACAGUGAUGACAUGAUUGGACAGAGAGACCAGCAGUGUCAGUGUGGAAUAGGAAAUAGCAUCACAUUGACAAGGACUGUUCUGUCAGACUGUCGCCCCUGUGAGGCAGAACCUGGUUCAUCAGAUGCAGGAACAUCACACAAGGACCAGGAUGUUGCAUCACAGGAUGUUGCGUCACAGAACUCGCUACAAUUUUCCCUUCUGGAAACCAACUUGGCUCUUAAACCUGUGGGUAGCGGGAUCCCUCCAAACAUCUUCCUGUCCUGUACAACAGAGGACGACCCAGAAGACGUUGCGAUGUCUCCUGGUGAUGACACACUGACAUCAUCAGUGGAAAUGGAGGACGAUCCAGCAGAUUGUCUGCUGGCUCUUGGUGAUGGUACACUCAUUAGAGUGAAACAACUGAAACUGCCUGCACUGUUAGUGAAGCUACAAGACUGCCGUGAAAUGCUGGGGCCUGACAGAGUUUUUAAGAUGGAAUCCGAAGAGGGUGGCGAUGACGGUGAUGAUGGCGACAGCGAUGACCUAUGUUAUCAGGAUGAUGAGGACGACUGUGAUUACGACCCGAAAAGUGACUGUCCUCAGAACAGAAAUAAAAGCAAAGAAGUGUUGUCUCCACCAGAAGAGAGCAUCGUCAAGCCUGGAGGGAAACAGAAGAGGCAGAGCAGAGGAUGCAAGAGACUAUCCACUGACUCUCCACAUAGAAAAACACCCAUUGCCUCGGUUAACAAUGGAAAUAAUCAGCAUUUAGACACAACCUCAGUACCAUCAAAUGAUCUCCAGUACCAGACAGCUCUUCCACUUGUAAAACCUGGAAGGCCUAUAAAAGGAACUGAAAAAAGAAAAAAACAUGAAUGUGAUGUCUGUGGUAAAACACUAGCAAGCAGGGGAAGUCUACGUAAUCACUUAAGAGUACACACGGGAGAGAGGCCAUAUGCUUGCACUCUGUGUGAUAAAGCUUUCAAAACUAUAAGUAAUCUGCUGGGUCACAAAAAGGGGCCUUAUGCUUGUACUGGAAAAAGUGGAAAAACAUUCAGCUCUUCAAACGAUCACCAGAUGAUGCUUCAUACACGGCAUAGGCCAUCCACUGAAUCCCCCAACAUUGGAAGCUGUGAAGAGAUGGGUCAAACCUCAACACACGCAAGUAGUCUCAACCAGCGCCCCAUUGACUAUCCACAUGAAAAUGCAUCUGCCGUCUUUCCACAUGAAAAUGCAUUCACAGUUUCACCCAACACCAAAAGCCAUCAGGAUAUAGACAAAACCUCAGCGCCAUCAAGUGGUCUCCUCCAGCAUCAGGCAGCUCUUACACUUCCACGUUGUGGAAAGCCUAGAAAAGGAACUGAAAAAGGAAAAGGCCAUCAAUGUGAUGUGUGUGGGAAAAUACUAGCUCACAGAGCAAGUCUACAUAAUCACUCAAGAAUACACACAGGAGAGAGGCCGUAUGCUUGUACUCUGUGUGACAAAACAUUCAGACAUAAAGUUUCUUUGAGCCUACAUGAACCAUUUCACACAGGGGUGAAGCCUUAUGUUUGCACUGUGUGUGGAAAGACAUUCAGGUUCCCAGCAAGUCUGCGUGUACACUUCAGAGUACACUCUGUAGAUAUGCCAUACCCUUGCAAUCAAUGUAGCAAAACGUUCAAACAGAUAGGUGAUUUGUUAGCUCACAAAACGGUGCACAUAGGGGAGAGGAAAUAUGCUUGCACUCAAUGUGACAAAACAUUCAGAUAUAGAUGUACUCUGCUCGAUCACAAAACAGUGCACACAGGUGAGAGGAAAUAUGCUUGCACUCAGUGUGGCAAAGCGUUCAGACAGAAAUCUGCUUUGCGCUCUCACAAAACGGUGCACACAGGGGAGAAGCCUUAUGUCUGCAUUCAGUGUGGGAAAGCAUUCAGGACUUUAGGCACCUUACGAGGUCACGAGAUAAUACAUCCAACAAGUGGUGGGGAAAGGGAGAAGUUUCCCUGUGAUGUGUGUGGAAAAGUUCUUGCCUCACGAGAAAAUCUUUGCCUUCACAAAAGACUGCACACAGGUACAGGAAUUCAAUGUGAUGUGUGUGGUAUACUUAUUACCAAGCGGUCGAAUCUUCUGCAGCACCAGAGAAUUCACACUGGCGAAAGGCCUUACGCCUGCACUGUUUGUGAAAAAACGUUCCAUCGUAAAGCCGACCUAAUACUGCAUCAUAGAGUUCAUACAAAUGAAAGACCAUACAAAUGCUCAGAGUGCUCCCUGGCGUUCAAAGCAGGCUCACAAUUAAAAAGGCAUGUCAGACGAAAACAUUCUGGAGCAAAGUCCUAAAAUCAGUCACUUGGGUUAGGGUGUUUAUUAGGAUGACAAUAGCCGCACGGCACACUUUUAAUCUGAUUAAAAUACAUAACAUUAGCUGACGCUUUUAUCCAAAGCGAUUACAGUUAUUACAUGGUGUUUGUUACAGUCCCUGGAGCAAUGUGGGGUUAGGUGCCUUGCUCAAGGGCACUUCAGCCGUAGAUGCUAUGGAAUUCAAGCUUACAACCUUACAUAUUGGAAAACUGACUCCCUAACUGUUAGGCCACUAAAUGUAUCAACCAGUUAAAAUGCCUCAUGUAAGCAUUCAAAUAAUCUGUUAAAUGUAUACAAAGGGUCUACAUAUUUUCAUUGAUUUAUAUUAUGUGGUUUGGAUGUUAAUUAAAAACUUAUUAAACAAGAAAAGUGCCCAUGUAAACAUUUUUUGUAUUAUAUUUCAACAGUUUAAACGAAAAGUGCUCCAUGGCAUUCAACAGUUCAAGACAAUUAAGAAGUCAUACAUACAAUGAAAACAUACAGCAGGAAAGUCGUAUUCUUGUUGCCUCUGCUCCAAUACCUUUCUUUCCACUUCAAAGCGGAAAUAGUCACGAAAUAGCUCAUGUGACUUAUCUGCUCAUUUUCACAUUAUGUUCUAUAGGCGACAACUUUUGUCUUGUGAAAAUCUGCCCUGUCUGUGUUCAUCAAAGGGUCAAUCUUU